UUAAAAUUAAUACAGUAGGAUAGUGAUGCUUUUAAUCGAUUGAUCUAAUAUUGCAGUAUUAUUUUUUAUUGCAUAAUGCAUAGUAACAAAAUAUAAACACUUCAAAAUAUUAUUUGAUGAAAUAUGUACAUAAGUAUUUAGAGACAUACGAUAAAUAAAGACAUUGUUUUAAAUUCGUCGUGUAUUUUUACUCAAAAAGUGAAUAUAAAAUGCAAAUUUCUGGAAAUUUGUCUUACGCCACUGCAAGUUACGUAUAUGUGCUUCAUUACAUAUUCUUAGUUCCAUGGAUUGUUCCAUUUGUUACUGCCUGUUAUUGCCGAUGUAAACACGUGUAUGUCACCCCUUUAAGUGGGAGGUCCAAGUUGCUUUUAAAUUAAGAAAUUAUAUCGGGGCAUUUCUUAUAAAAAAAAUUAUACUCAUUUAUAAAGCAUUGCGCAAAAGUCUAUGUUCGAGUAGAGUGGCAAUAAAUUUAUGAUUUCUGUUACAUUUAUAUCUAAUAUACAAUUUGAUACGAGUAUACGAAGUGAUUAAACGAACAAAUUAUAAAUCCAAUGGAAACUAAUGCAAGAAAAGGGUACAACUGUACGAAGUAUUAAAUGAUGCUAUGACAACUUAUGACUUGGACCACAAUUGCGACGAUAUUGUUUUUAUAUUAUUUGGUCUACAUUACUAUAAUUUACGAGAAAGUAUGACCUAAGUUAAGAGAAAGAUAAAAUAUAAUUAUCAAAAAUGGAAGUGUGGUUGUUUUCUCGUGUAAUAGCUCAUCAUCCUUAUACCAUUCUAAUGGUCAUACUCAUAUUCUCUUCGACAUGUUUGAUUGUUCCUUUGGCUGUCAAAAAGUUCCCAGACUUCUCUGAUCCUCAGUUAGGCUUUCAAGCAAGAGGUACAAUGCUAGCACAACGGCUUAUUGCUUGGCAAAAUUUGAUGGAAACAAGUAAACCAAGAGGACAGCUCACUGACAAUCCUUUAGAAUAUUAUAAUUAUGUGCGCCAAUUAAAUCAACAGAAUUUACAGAAUCCUGUAAACAUACAAAAUCAUAGCUGGAUCAACCAGGGUAUUAUUAGGAAGAAACCUAAAAACAAGAAAAAAGGGGGGAAAAAAUAUCAAAAACAAGUAACUGAUAAAAGAUCAGAAACAGAUCAAAUUGAUGCUAAAAACAAAUGGGAAGAAUUGUUAGAGUUGAAAAACAAAAAUAAAUUAAAUGUGGUAAAGGACUAUAAAAGUCAAGACCAUAUUGACAAUGAGAAUUUCUUUUGUAAUUCACCAUCUUCUGCGUAUGCACGUGUCGUUAUUGGCAGAAACUCUGAAGAUACAAAUUUAUGGUCGAUGGAGGGUGUAUUAGCACAAUGUUAUAUCGAUGCAGAAUUACGAUCAAAUGCUCACUUUCCUUCUUUAUGUCAAAUGCAAACAGAACAUAAUGGUCAAGAACAAAAAUGUUGUAGGAGCUGGUCUCCAGCAAAUUACGUUGCAUUUUUAUCUAAUCGAAGUUCCUGUUUGGGUGUAACAGAAAAUGAUCUUAGUCGAGUAGAAACUCUUUUACAAAGAUGCAUUUAUUUUUAUCAAAACCUUCGCUUGACAUCAAACUGUGCAGAAGAUUUAAAUUGUCAAAGGCAUGUUCCAAGCGAAUGUUAUACACGUAAUGCAGCUUAUCAUUUGCUACAUUAUUUAUUAGAUAUUGAAUUUAUACCAGAUCAUAAGCAGCAAACUCAGCAACAUAACAAUCAAACCAAGUUUAAUUCAACAUUGAAAUAUGUCAUGAUAUUUCUGCCAAUUGCUGAGAGCUCUGCUACUUUAAAUUUUUAUAAAGAAUUAAACAAUGAUGGCUUAUCUUAUGGAAAAUUCUGUAUCAAAGGGAUGCAGUUAGGUUUAAAAAGUACAUUAUUUGAUCGAUUGUUGGUAUCAGACUCUGUUCUGUUACUUAUUGGUUUUGCAUUUGUAACAGUUUGCAUAUGGGCAUAUACUGGCUCUUUGUUAUUAACUGUUACAACAAUUAUUGCAGUAAUUUUCAGUCUUGGCAUUUCAUAUGCAUUGUACACUUUAGUUCUGCAUAUUCACUUCUUUCCGUUCAUGAAUCUGUUGGCAAUUGUCGUUGCUGUAGGAAUAGGAGCAGAUGACGUAUUUAUAUAUUGCAAAAUUUGGGAGAGGGGAAGAGAACAAAAAUUAUCUAACGAUGGAUUAGUAAGACUAGUGCAGGAGACAAUGAAACAUGCUGUUCCAUCUAUGUUUGUUACAUCUUUAACUACUGCAGUGGCCUUCUUUGCAUCGGUUGUUAGUAAUGUUACUGCUAUCAACUGUUUCAGCUUAUUUUCAGGAAUGACUGUUAUCGCGAAUUUCUUUUUGAUGAUUACUUGGUUGCCAGCAUGUGUAGUAUUAUCAGAAAAGUUCAACUUGAACGUUUUAUCACCUGCAAAUUAUGUAGUACGAAAAAUUAUUCGACCUGCACGACUAUUUGGACAUAAAAUAUCGCUAGGAUUUAAUAACUUCCUAACGAAAACAGUAAUUAAUUUCCGGUGGUAUUGGUUAUUAAGUUUGGGUAGCAUGGCAGCAGUUUGUUGUUUUACUGUUUUCCACUACCCAGGUUUACAAUUGCCAGAUACUGCUGAGUUCCAAUUAUUUGAUAGUUCUCAUACAUUUGAACAGUAUGAUUUGAUAUAUUCUCAAAAAUUCUGGUUUGAGAAACAUGAAACAAUAGAUAAUGGAGAUGUAUUACCAUUGAGAUUUGUAUGGGGCAUAAAACCAAUCGAUAAUGGUAACUAUCUUAAUCCUGAUUUAACAGGUACACCAGAAUGGGAUGAAUCUUUUGACGUAUCACAUCCAGACUCGCAAUUAUGGUUGGAACGAUUUUGCCAUAACUUGCGAGCUCAGCCUUUCUAUCGUGAUACCUUAGGACCUUUACUAUCCAAUUGUUUUAUCGAAUCAUUACGUAAUUGGAUGAAAAGACGUUGCGAAGAUCCCAUCAACUCGCACAUUAACUAUAUGCCAUGUUGUGAAAGCAGUACAUUUCCAUAUAAUUCUAGCGUAUUGCAACAAUGCGCAGCUGAAGCUAAUGCAGAAUUAUAUCGCACACCUUCGUACUUAUGGGCUCGUAAUGGCGUUACUGGUGGUCUAAAAUUUUUAAACGAAGCAAAUCUCACACAUGUACAAUUUUCAAAUGAGACUAAUUCAGUGAUAAGACCGAUGGCUAAAAUUAAAGUUUUAAUUGUUGAAUAUGACAGUGUAUAUAACUACAGUCUUUCCUUCUCGAGUAUGGAUCAAUUCUUUCAUCAGGUGGAAACUUGGAUGCAAGAUCAACUAAAAAAUGCACCAUUGGGUAUGCGAGGUGGUUGGUUUGUUAGUAAAUUAGAAUUUUAUGAAUUGCAGCGGACGUUAUAUGAAGGUACUCUUUGGGCAAUGGGAGUUUCAUUGAUCUUAGCCCUUACAGUAUUGGCCUUUGUGACACUUAAUCCUCUUAUUAGUCUAUAUGCAAUUAUAACAAUUGGAGCAGCAAUUAUAGUAACAGUUGCUGGUCUGAUACUAUUUGGUUGGAAGUUGAAUGUUUUAGAAAGUGUUGCCGUGUCAACAGCAAUAGGUUUAGCCAUAGAUUUUAGUUUACAUUAUGUAGUGAGCUAUAGAGCGUGCAAUUCUAAAGAGAGAAAAGAUAGAGUGAAAACGGCUCUCACACAAAUGGGUGGCCCAACUUUGAUGGCUUCUCUUACGAGUGGAGCUGCUGGAGCUCUCAUGUUACCGUCUUGUGUACUGGCAUAUAUCCAAAUUGGUAUAUUUUUAUUACUUGUAAUGGGCAUAAGUUGGUUAUAUGCUACAUUCUUUUUAUGUCCGAUGUUAGCGGUUAUCGGUCCUUCGGCUCAUUUUGCCCAGUUUCAGUAUCCAAGAUUAAAUGUAUUAUGGAAGUACCUUCGUAAAAAUAAGCCUAGAAAUGUGCCUGAAACAAGUACAGAUAAUAGUAGAAUUAGAAGAAAAGCUAAAGGAAGAGGAAUGUGGUCAGAAUCUACUUUAAGUACAUCUAGUACAGUAUGUCAAUUCCACUGUAAUGAAAUAGAAAUUUUUACAAGACCACCACCGUCGCCAUCGCUACCUCCAUCUCCAUCAUCAGCAUUACUUCAUUGUGUGAGGAUGGACGAGUGGGACACGAGGGAAAACACAAUUAAUUAGUUAAAGAGUUUUAUUAAACAGGACGUCCACAUGCUCCGUUUGAUUUCACACGACGCCGUUUCUUUCCGUUUUCAAAAACCUGACUAUGCAUUGUAGCGCUCAUCUAUUCCGCUACUUCUUUGUACAUACAUACAUAAAUACUUACAUGCAUAUGUCUUACAAUUGAGAUAUAUGGUCGUGAUAUUUUUGUUUUAUUAGAAGAUACUGUUGACAAAAGCUAUCCUGAUGUGACAUAUACUCCUCUAUAUUUUGAAUUGAUGAAGUUACUUAUUUGUGUGUAACUUGUGUCCUAUAUAGAACUAUGAUCGUGUGUAACUGAUGUGUUAUUGGCUGUGUUUAAAAUAGUCUUAAGAUAAUUAUUCGUAUAUCUGUGUAUUAUUAACAUUCAUUGGGCUUCCUGUAUCAGUUAGGCAUGUAAUAUGUACACUGUAUCCAUUGUGAUAUGAGUAAGACUUCAGAUGCCAAAUCGCUUAUUCUUUUAUAUCUUACAAUGGGUUUUAAUUGUCAUGUUUUAUGAACAGUACAAGCUACUCUUUAUGAUUAUAAAUGAAACUUUAAUGUGGCAACUAAACUGAUAAAGUAUUACAUUGUUAGACUUGCAUUUACAUAUCUAUGAAUGCAUUUUUACAUAUUUUUAGUAUAUAAUUCAUUUUAAAAAAUCUUUUGUAUUAUUUCAUGUAUUUAUGUUUUUUUUCUCAUAAAUUAAAAAACUGUUUAUGUAUCAUUUAUCGAUGAUAUUAAUUUUUGUAUACCAUAAGAUAUAAUACAAAUAAUCUUGUUCUUAAUUUUAUAUCUAGUUUAAUACAUUUCAUAGGUCAAUUUUCUAUAUUUCAAUAUUCGAACAAAGUAUUAUAAGUUUUUUAUAUAAUUUUGUAUUACAGUUUAAUGUUCAUAAUAUUGCUUUUAUUGAGAAUGUAUUAAUGUUACCACAGAUUCUCAAAUUUGUUAAACAAAAUACUUUACAGAAACUUAAAUUUUAAAAUAAAAUAUUACUGUUGCAUUAAAUAUACAGGGACGAAUGAAUUAAUUUUGCAUGAAAAAAGAAGGUAGUAUUAACUUUAUUAUUCCCUGGAUAAUGCUUUCAAGCUUCUAAAAUACAAGACGUGUGUAAUGUGUCUGUAAUUAAAUUUAAGAAUAAGUAAUGGACUAAGGUGUCACAUGUGUCAUGAUUUUGUUUAAAGAUGACUUAUGUUUGUAAAAUAUAUAAACAUACUAAAAGAAGACUGACAGACUUUUAUCAUUUUUAUUAGUGGAUGGUUCUAAGUAUAGGAGACAAUUUCGAUAAAAUAUUUCAUUCGCAAAUACUUGUUUACAAAAGUAUUCAUUUUUUGGCUUAAUUCAGAUGUAAUGGAGUAAGAAAUACUCAUGAAAUCGUAGAAUUUAUGAAAGAAUACUUUAAUAAACUGGCUAUUCAAUUGUAUUGCAAUAAUUUAAUGUCAUAAUCAAGAUGUGUAAUGGUUCCAAAUUUGUCAAUAAAACUAUAAAAUUAGAAAUUAUUACUUGUAAGGCUAAGUGAGAUUCAGCUUGGUCUCUAUAAAUAUUUUAUUAUUUAACUUUCCGUGUGGGGCUUGCCCUAAACUACUUCCGAGAACUUUAGUACUUACAAUGAGCUUUAUCGUUAUUGGUGGGUUUUUAUUAAUUGGUAGAAUAUACACGUGCUUUGGUAGGUUUUAUUAGGAGGUAAAAUACACACGUGCUUUCUAUCCAGUGCUAUGUGCAGCACCAAACAUACGAAUGAAGGAAGAUCCUUCCGGUCAGCGCCACAUGGAUCCAUAAAACAAAACGCAUUCACACAUUCGCCUAACGCGCUAACUUUGAGAUUAGAAUCCAACAAUU